AUGUGUAUGUUGCAUUGUUUAUCAUUGGUGAGAGAUUCCCCUCCCUCUCCCCCCCCCCCCCCUAAAAAAAAAGGAAUCUCGAAUAUCCCGAGCUAUCUCACUUUUUAA